AGCUGUGUUGUUCCCUGUUCUCACGCACGGCGCCGCACGCCCGCAGCGGCGCACACAUGAGCGGGGAGCUUGAGGAAACGUCAGCAGGUUUCGGCUCGCUGCGUGACAUUGCGGUGCCCGUUUUCCUUUCAGCGAACGACUCAAGGAUGGACGCGUGACGCACCGAGCCACAGUGAGGGAGCGUGCACACACGUCAGCUCGGGCAGGGCAAAGCCUGCUUAAAAUGCAGCGAAUGUGACAGCCGAGCCCACAGUCCAGACUACAGCAGCGCCUGGACGGAAAGGUGAAGCGGGGCGGGGGCGGGGGGCACCAGCAGCAUGACCGUGGUGCCCGGGGAGAACCUGGAUGAGACGGUGGCACUGGCCGCGCUGUCCGCCCAGGAUGUGUACGACCCGGAGCGAGCCGACAACCAGGAGUGCUGCGAGCGGGUGGUCAUCAACAUCUCCGGGCUGCGCUUCGAGACGCAGCUGAAGACCCUGGCCCAGUUCCCCGCCACUCUGCUGGGGGACCCGCGCAAAAGGAUGCGCUUCUUCGACCCGCUCAGGAACGAGUACUUCUUUGACCGGAACCGACCCAGCUUCGAUGCCAUCCUAUACUACUACCAGUCUGGCGGACGGCUCCGCAGACCCGUCAACGUGCCGGUGGACAUCUUCAUGGAGGAGAUCAAGUUCUACGAGCUGGGGGAGGAGGUGAUCGAGAACUUCAAGGAGGAUGAAGGGUUCAUCAAGGAGGAGGAGCGGCCGCUGCCAGAGAACGAGUUCCAGCGGCAGGUCUGGCUCCUGUUCGAGUACCCGGAGAGCUCCGGACCCGCUCGGGGCAUCGCCAUCGUCUCCGUGCUGGUCAUCCUCAUCUCCAUCGUCAUCUUCUGCUUGGAGACCUUACCCGAGUUCAGAGAGGAGGCCCGGAUUUUCGAGGGGAUGAUGCCGACAAAUGGCACCGCGGGCUCCGAGCCGCCGAACCCUUUCACGGACCCGUUCUUCAUCGUGGAGACGCUCUGCAUCAUCUGGUUCUCCUUCGAGCUGCUCGUCCGGUUCCUCGCCUGCCCCAGCAAGCCCGCCUUCUUCAAGAACAUCAUGAACACCAUCGACAUCGUGGCCAUCAUGCCCUACUUCAUCACGCUGGGUCUGGAGCUGGCGGAGCACCAGGGCAACGGCCAGCAGGCCAUGUCGCUGGCCAUCCUGAGGGUCAUCCGCCUGGUCCGGGUCUUCCGGAUCUUCAAGCUCUCUCGGCACUCCAAGGGGCUGCAGAUCCUGGGGAAGACGCUGCAGGCCAGCAUGCGGGAGCUGGGCCUCCUCAUCUUCUUCCUCUUCAUCGGGGUCAUCCUCUUCUCCAGCGCCGUGUACUUUGCGGAGACCGACGACCCGGAAUCGGGCUUCAGCAGCAUCCCAGACGCCUUCUGGUGGGCCGUGGUUUCCAUGACGACGGUGGGCUACGGUGACAUGUGUCCGGUGACCAUCGGUGGGAAGAUCGUGGGCUCCCUGUGCGCCAUCGCCGGAGUCCUCACCAUCGCGCUUCCGGUUCCGGUCAUUGUCUCCAACUUCAACUACUUCUACCACCGGGAGACCGAGCACGAGGAGCAGUUCCAGUACACGCACGUGACCUGCGGGCAGCAGCAGGCGCCGUUCGGCGAGUUCAAGCGGAGCGACAGCCGGCCGUCGCUGUCCAAGUCCGACUACCCGGACAGCGAGGACGCGGACUCCGUCAAGUACACAAACUGCAGCCCGCACAAGGCGUACGGCGGGAAGCUGACGGACGUCUGAGGCUCCUCGUUUCCUCCAUCAGAGGGAAUGUUUUCAGUUGGAUCCCCUCUCCACUCCCGACACGGUCUUCCAUCCAGCAGGACAACUGAUCAGCCUCUGUAGCACUUUACUGUCGUUAGUGAGCAGCUUUAAGGUUUACAUUCUUCUGACACGGGACCAAAUUAAAACUCAGUCUCAAACUUAAACAACAACAAAAACAAAACGAGAAAACCCUCAUUGAAUUAAACACAAACAAGCUGGCGUGAAGCUUUUUCCAAUACAGCAGCGCCAUCGUGUGGUCAAAGCGGCUCACUGCGCCGCCGUGACAGAUGCAGUUUCCAUGGCAACCUUCCAGACUUUUCUGUUGUCGUCUGGUGCAGGAGCAAAAAGUGAAGAGGCUCCAAACCACCAUGUUGUGGAAGCAUCCAUGUUGUUUAUAAAAACCACCACAAAAACUGAGACGCUCUGCAGCUAAUUACUGACGACAAGUCCAAAAAUAAUUAAAUACAAUAAAAUAUUAAGAUUAUAGCUUAAUAACAAUUCAUUUUUAGAUGUUUUAGAGCUCAACUUCGUCUAUGGUGGAUAUAAAUAUGUUACAAAAGAUAAUUUAAAGAAAUGAAAAUGAAAAAUCAAGUAUGAACAGAAAAUACUAAAUUAUAUUCACUCUUGUACAGUAGCACAAAAAGGUUAAAAUAGAAACAAAUUGUGAUACAUAAAAUGAAAUUUCAUUUUUUAGGGGAUUUUAAGAUAAAAUGCAAAUCAAGAACUAGUUUAAACUAUAAAAUUUAAUCUAUUUAAUUGAGUUCAAAUCUGAAAAGCCAUCAAACUUUUCAGCAAAUCAUUACACUGUGAGAUAUUUUUGGUUCUAUAAUAAUAAUGAACAAUAAUUCAGUUUUAAUGCACAAAAAACAAGAAUGUAUAAAGAAAUUAGAAAACAUCAAAGGGUUUUCCUUUAACUGAGUUUAGAAAUAAUAAUGAUAAAAAAUCUCAAACUGAAAUAGUUUUUCAAAAAUAAAUUCAAAGUAUUUAAAAUGAAAAGAACAGUCCCUUGCUUUCACAGAGAUCUCUGUGGUUCUGAUCCAUACCUGAUCCGAGCUGAAGGCCUUCAAUGUCGGAGCUUCCUGGUCCAGCAGCACCUGGACUCACCUGGACAGCAGACGGAGCUGCUGGAGACAAAAACAGUGGAUGUUUAACAAGCCGUUAAAAACCUUCACUGGAGUUUAUCAGACUGAUGGAUGUUUGAAGGAAAAGUCCGACGACUCUUCAUCUCAGACCAACAUUCAGUUCUGGUCCCACAAGGGAAAGAUUGACGAACUCACUAACCCACUCCAGCCGCCACCAUCCUCCUCAUCCUCUCUUGCUUCCCUCCUCUGAUGAAGAAAAAAAAACAAAGCUUGGAUUAAAUACGAAAACAAAACUUCACGGAAAACCCGGCUUGCGCUUGGACUUUUACAGAGCACAGACUCUGAGGUACGACUCAAACGUUACUACUUGAAUCAUCAGCUACGUCCUGCGUAUACUUAGAUGUUGUUUGGGAGGUUUCUCCUGUUGCUGUAGAGAACAAGAACUUGUUGUUGCUGUCUGUAUGUCGCGUAUCAUAUCCAAACCAAAUCACUGCAUGCUUGGAAAGUAGAGCAUGAAAACAGAAGAAACGUGGGAACAACAUCGACAGCUUGCAGAGAAGUUAUCCUGUCAGACAGAUGACUAGUUUUUUAAAGUAUCAUACUGUAUAUGUUUUAUACCGGGAGGUUGACAUGGUGAAUUAUUUUGUAGAUUUUUAACAUGUUUUUUUUUAUUUUUUUGCCUUGGUGAAAACAAAGCAGCUCCAGCAGGCAGCUCUGAUGAACAUGUCUGCACCAGUGGGAGGAAAAAUGGGGGUAAAAGUGUGAAAAUGCAUUAAAUCCAGACAACAAAUUAUA